GGCUUCCUCCUCUCUCUCCUCCCUUAUAAAACCUCUUGAGGUUCCCAGGCACCCAGACUUGGCCCACCCCUGACUUUGGGGGCCAGGAGACAGCCAAGAUGUUCAACUGGAAGCUACUGGGGAUCCUGGUCCUUUGCCUGUUUGCCGGAGGCAUCUCAGGCAGUGGAGACCACCCAUCUGCCCCAUCCACAGAGGCCUCAGAGGAGGAGGGCUCCCCACCACUGCCUCAGGGCCCCCCAAUCCCUGGUGACCCCUGGCCAGGGGUACCCCCUUUCUUUGAGGACCCUCCACCUCCAGUUCCCAGUCGUCCCUGGAGAGACCUGCCUGAUUCUGGAGUCUGGCCUCCUGAACCCCCUAGAACUGAUCCCCCUCAAACUCCCCGGCCUGAUGACCCCUGGCCAGCAGGACCCCAGCCUCCAGAAAACCCCUGGCCACCUGCCCCUGAGGUGGACCACGGAUCUCAGGGGGAGCCAGACCUUGACCCACCCCAGGAGGAGUACAGAUGAUGGGAUCCCCCAGAGGCAUCCCGGGCCUCCAGGCAGAGUGCACUCAAGAUACCUCUACCCUCUUGAUUUCCCUUGAAUCUCCCCAGUUUAGCCUUACUCCUUAAUUCCUUUGCUUACUCCUUCAAUUUUAUUCUGUUCCCUGAAGGUGUUGUCAUCAAUAUUUUCUGUCCCCUCCUGAGAUCUCUACUUAGCACCACAUUCCCCCUCCUUUUUUCUCUGACAGCAGAAGCGUACACCCCUGCCUCACGUCCAGUCCUCUCCCCUCCCACCUCCUCUUCCCCAAGCCCGGGUCUCCUUGGGCAGGGCUGGCAGCACUGUGUCUCUGCUGCUACCUGGUGGCCGAAAGCUGGGAACUAUCAGGAGCUGACUGCUUCCAUGAAAUGGAAAAAUUAAAACGAUGUUUUCCUAAUGUUGAAUCUCAGCUGCUUCUUUGCCAAUAAACAUUCGAAUGUCCUCCUCACAGCCACAAACCUA